AAAUGAAACUUUUCUCUUUAUUCCUUAGAUCAGCUCUCAUGGAACCAUAUUUUCCUGACCUGCAGGAUAUUUCUUCCUCCACCUCCUGUGUUUGUGUGACUCAGGAGUCUAUUCUACCCUUUUGUGACUGUAAGAUGACAACAUAUUCUACUAUGCCCUGCAUCUCCUCUGGAUCAUCAUGCAACAACUCCAAUUUGUCUCACUCUUCUGUCUUUUCUGAAGGAAUAACCUGGCAAUCCCGGAGCCACAGUUUACCUAUUUUAUCUAAAAAGCAACCACCUGUUUUCAAGAAUCAAAGCACAUCCCUGCCUCCUUUUCAGCUCUCAGGGCUUGAUAAAUCAAAAAUCUUUCCAAAUUUGGCAGCUCUUUCACCUUUAAGACCUCAAAGCUCUUUAAUCAAGUCUAUUUUUGAAUCCUCAGAUUUCUGCAAGCAAGUGAAAACAAAGUAUGAGGGAAGGAGGAAGAAUCAUUCGACAUCAGAUCAUUGGCCAAAUUCUGUUUUCAAAGAGAGACCUCGCGUCCCAGGGUGGGCUUCAACCCAGCUCUCUCCUUUGGCUAGGAGAGAGUUAGAGGGACAUAUGGCUUGGAAGGUUUGUACUUUGCAGAAACAAACAGUGCCUUUGCCUGUGAGGGAAUCAUGGGCAAUGUUGAACUAUUUAAUUGAAGUACAUGGAAGCAUCCCUGAACCGGAGAAACCCCAAAUCCAGUUAUCUAUGCCCAUUAAUCAAAGCACUGAGCAAAAUACCAACAAUAAAUCCCCAGACCUUCCAUCAUUUCAGCGCCAUGUGAACACUGGAGUGGAAUCUGUAUUAAACAGAACAGAAACAAAAAUUUCACAAUCACUUAUCCCAGGUAAGCAGUCACAACCUGGUGGUGGCCCCCAAGUCCUUGGAUCUAAGCUGUUAGUUACAUCAAUGGGCAUUCCACCUCCCAAAAGUUUAAGAGUUGACAUAAUUCAAAAGGAAACCACUGUACUGGAGAAGGACCCAAAACAUGUGCUAGAGCUUAAUUUAGAGCAGAGGGUAAGAGGUCUUGGAGAAAAAAGCAUACAGCAGCAUGAGACCCAAGUGACUAAUGUCGAGUUGCCUCCAAAGCUACCAUAUCAAGUCACAAAUAGCAUAAAGGUAACACCAUUGGCAUUACUUCAAGUCAUGGAUUCAAUGGGGAUGAAUCCAGAAUCACAUUCAGAAUUGACAGAAUCUGUAGGUUUGUUUCCACAGCCAAAUGAAGUUGUGAAACCAAUAGAAACAGCAAGUGUAAGAUCAAAACCAGCAUAUCAUAUAAUUGAACCUGUAGAGGUAACCCCAAGGCCUCGGCAUCAAGUUAUAGAAUCAAAGAAGAUGACCUCAAGAUUACUGAAUCAAGUCACAGAUAAUGUGAAGGUAACUCCUGAAGUACUGCUUGAAGCCAUGGAUUCCAUGGGGAAAAUUAAAAAAUCACACCCAUAUAUAACAGAAUCAGUGGAAAUGACCCCAAGGCUACAAUAUCAAGUUAAGGAGUCAGUGAAAAUUAACACAUUGUUGGGCCAUCAAGUCAUACAACCAAGAAAUAUGGGUAGAAGGCCACAGCAUACAGUAAUGGAAAAGGUGGAAAUGACCCCAGGGCCACAGCAUAAAGUUAUUGAAUCAGUAGGCAUAACUUCAAAGCCACAAACUCAAACCAUAAAACCAGUGAAAAUUAUUCCAGAACCAAUAUGUCAAAACAAAAAAUCAUUGAACAUGAUACCCAGGCCAUUGCAUCCAUUCAUAGAUGUCAUAAAAAUAACUCCUGUGGCACUAUUACAAGCUAUGGAUUGCAUGGGAAUAAUUCUACCAGCACAGCCAGAUGGUACCCCAGAUUCACAGACUCAUAUUUCAAAUUUGACCCUAAGGGCAACUCAACCAGAUGAUUUGAUGUUUUCUAGUUCUCCUACUACUAUUGAUCCACAUGGGAUUAGAGAGUAUGUGAGUGUACCUUCCAACCUACCACCUAAAGUCAUGGAAUCAGUAGGGAUGCCAACACUUCACUCCAUACAUUCUCUGAAGACAACCCCAAGGUUGGGGUCAUCCACUGAGAUAAUCAUAGAACCACAGUCACAAGUUGUAGAAUCCCAGGAUUUGACCUCAAAGCCAAUAUCUCAAGUCAAGGAAUCUCUGGAGUUGACUCCUGGGCCAUGUAUUCAAGUGCUAGACUCCAUGGCGAUGACUCGACAACCAUAUCAUCAAGGCACAGAAUCUAUUACAUUAACCCCAGUGUCAACUCAAGACUUAGAAUCUUUGAGGUUGACCCCAAGGCAUCAAAUCCUGGAAUAUCCAGAGAUGAGCCAAAGGCAAAGCCAUCAAGUUAUAGAAACUAUAGAAUUGACCUCUGACAUAUGGCUACAAAGGAAGAAAUCUUUAGAGUUGACACAGUCACAUCACCAAAUAAUGGAAUCUUUAGGGACAAUACCAAAGUCACUGGGUCAAGAUACAAAAUCUAUGGGAAUGAGUCAAAAACCAGCACAUGAAGUUACAGAAUCCACAGUAAUGACUAUUACACCACAGCUUCAAGGUGUGAAAAAUAUGGGGGCAAAGUCAGUGCCAAAACUUCAAGUUGUAGAUUCUAUGAAGCUAUCCUCAGAGUUGCCAAAUGUAAAAUCUGAGAAGCAGACCAUGGGACCAGGGUUACAUAAUAUAAAAUUUGUAGAUAUAACCACAGGUUCAAUCCCACAAAUAGUAAAAUAUGAACAGCUGAUUCCAACUGUGAACUCUAGAAAAUUGGCCAUAGAAGUUCAACAGCAGAGUGUAAAAGCUGAUAAGUCGAACCCUAUACCACAGUUGCAAAGUGGGAAAUCUGUACAGUCAUACCCAGGAUCUCAGCUUCAAGGAGAGAAAUCUAUCCAACUGACCCUCGGACCACAACAGCAAAGUGAAAAAUCUGAUGAGUUAGCCCCAGUACCACAGUGGCAAAGUGGGAAAUCUACAGAUUUGACCUCCAGUUCACAGUUGCAAGGUAUGGAAUGUGUUCAUUUGAUCCUACCACCAGGGUUGCCAGGUAUAAAAACUGUGGAGUUGACCCCAGGACUACAACAGGAGGAUAUGAAAUCUGUGAAGCUGACCCCAAAGCCAUGCUUACAAGACGUAAGAUCUGAUGAGACAGACCGACUGCUAUUGCUUCAAGAUGUGGAACCUCAAGUGGUAAAAUGUAGGAGGUUGAUUCCUGAGACACAGGUAGAAGGUAUGAUAUAUGAAGGGCAGACACCAGGGAUACACAUUCCAGGAGUAAAAUCUGUAAAGUUGAUCCCCAAAUCAAAUCACCAAGCCACAGAACCUGAGGUAUUGACUCCAUGGCAAGCUUCAGAAUCUUUAGGGAUGAUUUCAGAGCCAGGAUAUCAAGAACCAGAAACAAAGUUGACCUCUGACAUUUGUCACCACAACAAAGAAUCUGUGGGGUUGAUACAAUCAUCUUUAGGAAAUACCCCAAGCUCUGACAAUGACAUUUCUCAUAAAUUUAUCUCAGAGCCACAGAUAGCAGAUUCAAAAUCUAUGGAGUUAACUCCUGGGCAUCAGUUGCCAAGUCUAAACUUCUCUGAGUUGACCAGAGGACCACGGUUACAAAGUAUGGAAUCUUCUGAAUUUAUCCAAGUAGCACAGUGGCAAGAUGUAACAACUGUGGAGUGGACCCCAAACUCAAAGUUUCAAGGUUUAAAAUCUGAGGCACUAAUCCCAGAGCCACAGCUGGAAGAUAUGAAAUCUAUGCAAUUAACACCAAAGCCACAAUCGGGAGAUGUCAAAUCUAUGGUGCUAACCCCUGGGCCACAGGUGGGAGGUGUGCAACAAGUGGAGCUGACUCCAGGUUCAGAACUUCCAGGUUUAAAGUCUGAGUUGUUGAUUUCAGAGUCAGAGCUGGAAGAUGUGAAAUCUGUGGCCUUAACUCCAGGAGAAUGCCUGAGAUGCCCAAGUCCACAGCUGGAAGGUGAGAAAUCUGUGGAAACAACCUUAAGCCCACAGAUAGAUAUCAAAUCUGUAAAAACCACCCCAGAUUCCAAGCUUCAAGGUAUAAAAUCUGUUCAGUUGCAAGGUGAGAAUUCUGUGCCUUUUGUACCAGGGCCAUUGCUCCAAGGGCUUAAAUGGCAGGGUAUAAAACCUGAGGAAUUGACAUCAGAGCCACAAAUGCAAUACAUUAAAUUUUUGGAAAUUACCCCAUGUUUAAAACUUCAAAAUUUAAAAUCAUUAGAGGAGACUCCAGAUCCACUGCAAAGUAUAAAAUCUGUGAAGCUGACCCGAAGUCUAAAGAGGCAGGUAGAUAUAAUCAGAAUACGAAAGUUUCAAAGAGUAAAAUCUGUGGAUUCAGCACCAAGGCAACAGUUUCAAGGGGUAUCAAAUGUGAAUGUAAGUACUGAGACAGAACAGAAUGGUGAUAUAUCUGUAAUAUCACCAGAGAAGCAAUGUGUGAAUUCAGAGCAAUUUAAGAGAGGGUCUAAGUCAGAAGAUGGGGUGUCUUUGGAGUUAAAUCCAGAGCUAAACUUUAAAGAUGGAAAAUUAGUAGACCUCAACUUUGAGUUACAGUCGAAAGAAAUGAAAUCAUUUGAAUUGACCCCAGAAUCAAAUAUUCAAGAUGUAAAAUCUAAAGAGUUUAAACUUGAACCACAGUUGCACCAAGUGAAACCUUUGGUGUUAACUUCAGAACUACAGCUUCAAGGGGUGAAAACUGUUGAUUUAAAACAGGAGUCACAGCCUGGAUGUAUGAGAUGUAUUCAAUGGAUACCAGGACCUGAGUUCCAAAAUGUGAAAUCUAUAGGGUUAAAUCUUGGGUCUCAACCUCAAAAAGUCAAAUCUGUAGAGUUGAAAUCUUUUAUACAGUCAAGAGAUGCGAAAUCAUCUGAGUUGACUCUAGGGCCAAAAACUCAAGGUGCAAUGUAUAUGGAGUGCAACUGUGGGCCACAUUUGCAGAAUGUGAAAACCCUUGAGUUGCCCCCAGGAUCACAACUGCAGAAAGGGAAAUUUUUGGCAUCAUCAUCAGAGCCACAGCAUCAAGGUAUGAAAAGUAUAGAGCUAAACCAAGAACCACAGCUUAGAAGUACAAAAUCUGUUGAGUGGAUACCAGCACUAGAGUUUAAAGGUAUAAAAUCUCUGGUAAAUCUUGAGUUACAAUCUCAAUGUGUCAAACCAGUAGAGUGGAAAACUGUGAUACAGUCAAGGGAUAGGAAGUCAUCAUCUACAUUGACUUCAAAACCAGAGCUUCAAGGUAUACAAUCUUUGGCAUCAUGCCAGGAACAUCAGCUUCAGGGUUCUGAUUUGAAACCAUCCCCAGGAACACAGCUUCAAGGUGUAAAGUGUCUUGAACCACAGCUUCUGGAGGUGAAAUGUAGGGUAUUAAACCAAGGGUCACAAAGUGGUAAAACUAUAGAUUCCACCUCUCUACUACACUUGAAAAGUGUAAAGUCAUCUGAGUUGGCUCUUCAAACAAAGCUUCAAUGUGUGAAAUCUGAGGAUUUCAACACUGGGUCACAGUGGCAAAGUCUAAAAUUUUCUAAGUUUCCACCUAAGAUAAAGUCCCAAGAUAUGAAAUCUACAGAGUUAAAUCCUAGCUCACAGUUGCAAGGUACAACUUUUUCUAAAUCAACUAUAGGGACAAAGAUUCAAGGUGUCAAAUCUACAGAUUUCAAACCUGGGUCACUGUUACAAGGUAUGAAAUCUUCUCAAGGGAUCUCAAAGACAAAUCUUCAGGAUGUAAAACAUAAAAAAUUAAUCCCUGGCCCCCAGAUGCAAGUUGUGAAAUCUAAGCAAAUACUGGGGACAAAGCUUGAAAAAGCCCUAUCAGGAGAAUUCACAGGCCCACAGUUGCAGGAUAUAGACUCUUCUAGGUUGCUCAUGGAUAUAAAACUUAAAGAUGUAAAAUGUAUGAAUUUAAGGUCUGGACUACACUUGGGGAGUAUGAAAUCUUCUGAAGUGGUAAAAAAAAACCUUCAAGAUAUGAAAUCUGUAGAAUUGAAACCUAGCCCAAAGUUACAAGGUGAGAAAUCUGACUUGACCCUGGGGGGCAAGUUUCCAGGCACAAAAUUUGUAGAGUUGGACUCAGAUCCACAGUUACAACAUAUAAAAUGUUCUGACUUGGUCAUGGGUAUAAAGCUUCAAGAUAUGAAAUCUUUGGGGUCCAAUUCUAGACCACAUUUUCAAGGUACACAAUCUUCUGAAGUGAUCCCAGGGACAAAGCCUCCAGAAAUGAAAUCUUUUUUUAACUCUGAAUCACAGAUACAAAGUAAAAAACCUGAGUCAAUUCAAGGGACAAAGCUUCUAGAUGUGAACACCUUAAGGUUCAACCAUGGUCCAAAGUUACAGGGUAGAAACUCAUCUGAUUUAACCCAGAGGAAGAAGCUUCAAGGGGUGAAACCUUUGACGUUCAACCCUGGACCACAGGGACAAGGUGAGAAAUCUGAUUUGACACUAGAGUGGAGGCUUCAAGAUUUGAAAUCUGUUGAGUUAAAACUUGUUCCACAGUCACAAGUUGUGACAUCUGAGUUAACACCAGAGACAAAGCUUCAAAGUGAAAAAUAUGUGGAGUUCACCACUAGACCAAUGUGGCAAGAUAUGAAAUCUUCUAAAUCGACUCCAGGUACAAAAGUACAAGAUGUUAAAUCUUUGGGGUUCAACUCAGCCCCACACAAUAGGAUAUUGUCUAUGUUGACACGAGGCACACACCUUCAGGGUAUGAAAUCUAUGGAAUUCAACUCUGGAGCAAAGUUUCAAGGUACAGAAUCCUCUGAGUCGAUAAACCUUCAAAUAAUGAACUCUACAGAGGUCAAUGAUGGCCCAAAAUUUCAGGUUGCAAAACCCUCUGAGUUGGCCUUGGAAUCAGAGGUUCACAGUGUGACAUCUCCUGAGUUCAAUGCUGGAAAGCAGUGGCAAGAUGAGAAAUCUUAUAAGUUAAAUCCAUGGCCAGAGCUUCAAAGUGUCAAAUUUAUGGUGUCCAACCCUGAGCCAUAUUUUCAGGGUGUGAACUCUUCUGAAUUAACCUCAGUUUCAAAACAUCAAGGUAUGAAGUCUUCUGAAUUGAAUCCAGAGAUUCAAAGUGAGACAUCUAUGGUGUUCAACCAUGGACCACAUUGGCAAGGUUUGAAAUCUAAAUUGAUUACUGGGUCAAAGUUCCUAGACAUAGCACCUUUGGAAUGCAACCCUAGGCUACAGGUGCAGUGUGAAAAUUCUUGUGAGUUGAAUACAGGGACAAAAUUACAAUGUGUAAAUUCUACUAGAUGUAACUGUGGGCCACCCUUGCAAGGUGUAAAAUCUUUUGAAUUGACUUCAGAUAUAAUGACAACAGAGUUCAACUCUGGCCCAAAGCUGCAAGGUGUGAAUUCUUCUAAAUUGAAAUCAGGGUCAGAACUUCAAUGCAUGAACUCUAUAAAGUUUAAUCCAGGGCCACAGAUACAAGGCUCGAAGCCUUCUGAAUUGAACCCUGGGCCAGAAUCUCAGGGCACAAAGUCUAUUUUAUUUAAUCCUGGAUCACAUUUGCAAGAUGUAAAAUCCUCUAAAUUAACUCCAGGGAUAAAGUUUCUAGAAGGCCAAGUUUUUCAGAACCACGUUGGGUCACAGCAACAAGCUGGACACUCUGUUUUGGAUCCUCAGUUAAAUGGUACAAAAUCUGUGUUAUAUGAAUCAGAGCCACUGUUUGAAGAUACAAAGUCUGUGAAGAUGAACAAAGAGCCAUUGCUUUGUGGUGCAAAUUCUGUGAACUUGAUUUCAGGCUCUGAGAUGCAGGACUUAAAAUGUGAGUUGUUUGCACUAGAAUCAUGUUUUCAAAAAGUGAAAUCUGUGGAGUUAAAUCCACAGUCAAAUACUGAAGUGAAAUCUGCAGAAUUAACCUCACAGCCAACAUCUCCAUUUGAGGAUCCUACAGUGUUGACUCAUGAACAAGGGCAUCAGGCUGUGAAAUCUAUGGGGAUAAAAAUAAGGCCUCCUCAAGUUAUAGAAUCUGAGGAUUUGAAGUUAAGACAGGUAUAUCAGAAGGGGGACUCUGAGGGGUUAACAUCAGGAGAAGAGUUACAAAUAAGGAAUUAUUUCUCUAGGCUUCUACACAACUCUUCAAACUCAGUCAUCUCAAGUUCUGCCAAAACAACAUCUGAAUUAGGUCUUUGGGAUUCUGAGAUGACAGAAGUAUCAAGAGCGUUGGAUAUAAAAAACCUUUGGACAGAUAUUUUGCAGCCUAAAGAAUCCUUUAUAGAUCCUGCUUCAACUUUUCCCUUUUUCUUUCAUAACCAACUCUCUGAGAAGACAACUAACACUGUAGAAACCUCCCAUUCUGAGAUCCCAUGGGUGUAUAACGUAUUUCAGGAAAGGAUUCAACGGAGGCAGGUAACAGAGUUAGAGAACUCACUCCAGGGCCUCUCCCAACAUCCACCACAAAGCUGGAGAUCACCAUCUAAGACCUUCCAGGCAGGAUCAGGGGCUCGAAGAGGAUUAACCUGGUCUGUCCUGGGAAGACAACAGAAUGUCUGGGAGCGUCACUCCUGGAAGCAGAGACUACCUAGAAAGUAUCUCUCCAAUAUGCUAAUGUUGGGGAAUGUCUUGGGAACCACUAUGGGAAGGAAGCUUUGUUCUCAACCAUCUGUAACAGAAAGGUCUACUGCUGAUACCUGUCAGUCUAUUCAGAAUUUAUUUGGGGUUCCUGCUGAAUUGAUGGAAUUUCCCCAGAGUCUGCUAGAGACGGGUCGAGGCACUAUUUUUCAGGCUUCAAUGGUCAAAAACUACAUUCAGAGACAUACUUCAUGCCAUGGUCAUGAGAAAGGAAUGGCCUUAAGGGUAUGGACACGUGGUUCUAUGUCCUCCAUAAUACAGCAAUACUCUGGCACUAGAGUGAGAAUAAAGAAAACAAACUCAAAGCUCAAUGAUAUAUCCCAGGAAGUCAUUCAGCACAGUCCUGUUUCAUAUACAGAGGGUCAGCUUCCUGACCCAGUAGAGUCAGAGUCUUCCUUCAAUAUAUUUUUCACUGUGAAAGAUCCUGUUCCAGUGGAAGAGAGUGAGAACUCACAGAGAGAUUCACAGACAAGGAUUUUUGAGUCCCAACACCCACUGGAGCCAAGUUUUCUUUCCCAGGCCCAGGCUGACCUCUCAGAACAGUUCCAAUUGCUAAAAGAUCUGCAGCUAAAAAUAGCAGCAAAACUGUUAAGGAGUCAAAUACCUCACAAUGUACCUCCACCUCUCACUUCAGGUCUGGUCCUAAAAUACCCUAUCUGCCUACAGUGUGGCCGAUGUUCAGGAUUUAAUUGUCAUAAAUUACAGACUACUUUUGGACCUUAUCUUCUUAUCUAUCCACAGCUCCACCUCGUAAGCACUCCUGAAGGCCAUGGAGAGAUUAGAUUGCGUCUUGGCUUUAGGUUACGAAUUGGAAAAAGAUCCCAAGUUCCAAAGUAUUAUAGAAGAGACAGACCCUUGACACCUAGGAGCCCUAGAUCAGCAGCUAAAAUCUGUAAUCAAGCUUCCAAGAGUCCUGCUUCUGCCACAGAUUUCCUGUCUCAGUCUUCCCAGUCUCCUGCUUCUGUACAAGUCCACAUUAUCCCUGACUUAGAAGGACAGACAGAUAUUAGAGAGCCUGGGCACUAUGAAUUCACUGAAGUUCACUCGUUAUCAGAGAGUGACUCUGAAAGCAAUCAGGAUGAAGAGUGGACUACAGUGAGCAGCAAAAAUACCCAUGAUUCAAAAAAUCCAAUGGAAAGAAUCAACAAGAGAUUUAGAACACAAAACAAAAAGUCCUACACAAACAGUAGAACCAUAAUGCAGAGUCUCUCUAGGAAAUUACCAUCCCAGUUGAAAGGGAAAAGGAAUGGAGCAUCUCAGGCAGCUACUGCCUCUUUAAAAAGGCACCCCAAGAAACCCUCCCAACCCAAAUUCAUUAAACUGCUUUUUCAGGGACUAAGAAAGGCAUUCCAAACCGCACGCAGAAUUAUGGCAUUUGUUGGGCCAAAGCCUGAGGACGGGACAAGGGCGGACCAUUUGUGGUCGAGCAAAAACUGCCAACCAGAACAAAAAGCCUCUGACUAUAGUUCAGAAGGAGAUAGCGAAAGAGACAGGAUGCCAGUUGUCAAGCUAAAGCCAACAGACCCAACCACUGAACAGGAGAACAUGCCCUGGGAAGAAUUAGAACAGUUCUGCUCAGCACAACCACCAAAAACAGGUAGCUCUUUCCAAUCCACACCUUCCCCACUGCCCAGGUGCAGAGUUUCCCAAAGAAGUAUCACCACAAUCAGACACCCUUUGGGUACUGUUCAGAAUGAGAGUGGCAGCAGACCUAAGGAAAACUGGUACGGAAAAGAAAUCUCUAGCCCAGAGUCCAAAAGAGGAAUCCCAGUUCAGGCCCAAGGGAGACUCCUACAUGGAACCCCUAAGCAGAGAACCUCCUACAGUGACUUUAAAGAGAUACUCAUGCCUAGGAAACCAAACCACCACAGCUUCCAUCGGGAAAGAGCCCCAUGUGAUUUCUUUGACAGGAGCCAUAGUAGUCCCUCUCCAAGGAGACAUCGCAAUCCCUCUGGGAGAAGCCAUCGCAGUCCACCUCGGAGAAGCCAUCACAGUCCAUCUCAGAGGAGACAUCGCAGUCCCUCUGGGAGGAGCCAUCUCAGUCCACCUCGGAGAAGCCAUCACAGUCCAUCUCAGAGGAGACAUCGCAGUCCCUCUGGGAGGAGCCAUCUCAGUCCACCUCGGAGAAGCCAUCACAGUCCAUCUCAGAGGAGACAUCGCAGUCCCUCUGGGAGGAGCCAUCUCAGUCCACCUCAGAGGAGACAUCGCAGUCCCUCUGGGAGGAGCCAUCGCAGUUCACCUGGGAGGAGUCAUCAAAGUUCUUUUCAGAUGAGCCAUCCGAGCUCCUUUGAGCGGAAAUGCCGCAGUCCCUCUGAGCGGAGAUGCCGCAGACUCUCUGCGAGGAGAAACCACAGCCCCUUUGAGAGGAGAGGACAUAGUCAUGCUGAGAGGGGCAGACACAGUCCACCUGAGAAAACCCAUGGGAGGCCCUCGGAGAGAACUCACAGGCGCCCCAAGGAGCGACUCAGACACAGCUCGCGUUGGGAGAGGCCCAGACAUACUUUUUCUAAAGAUUUCAUGAGAUACUCAAAUAUCUCCUAGGGAUCACACACAAAAAAGCCUCCCCAAGCAGGGCAAGUUUGGAGCCCUGAAGGAAGCAGAUGAGAUGUCCGCCCCCAUUAUUCAUUUAUCCCCUCAAGUCUGCACCAAGCUCGCCUUUCUGGGCUUCUUUCCUGCUCGGCCAACGGACCCCAAUUCUUGCAUCCUCAGCAAUGAACGAGCCGAUGCCUCUCUACCCGGGGGCUGGGCCGGCGGGAAUGGGUCUGCCAUUUCCGAUAAAUAA